AUGGUCGCUCCGACGUGCAAAGAUUUACAGGAUACUAACAAUACACAGCAGGGAGAAAUCGAUUCCUUACAUCUAAAGGUUAAUCAGCUAGCCUUACAGAUCACUACAACAUCGACUAAGGAGGAUGUACAAACAGUGAAGAUAGAGAUUGAAAAGAGUAUGCAGUCUCUUCGAUCUGAAUUCGAGAAGACUUUGAAAUCUCAGCUAGCAAAAUUUUUUUCUAACAAUCGAGAUUCGGGGGAAGCAGAAGGUUCUACGGGUGGUUUUUCUCAUACUGAAGGUAACAAUUUGUUUGCUCACACCAACAUUCGUGACCCUCAUUCCUUUCAUCGUAUUCCUAAGCUCGAUUUCCCUAGAUUCGACGGCGAGAACCCAAAAAGUUGGAUACAGAAAUGUGAGUAUUAUUUUCAGAUGCAAGGCGUUCCAGACGUCAAUCGAACAAGAAUGGCUGCUAUUCAUCUGGAUGGCAAAGCAACUAAGUGGUAUGACAAUCUCUGUAUUACUCAACCUCAUAUUUCUUGGAAAUGCUUUUGUGAAAAUCUUUGUGCUCGUUUUGAGAACCCAGCUCAUGAUAAUAUUGUGGGUUUAUUCAAUAAGUUGGUUCAGUUGACUACAGUUGAGGCUUAUUUUGAAGAAUUUGAAUAUUUAAAGGCAUUGUUAUUGAGUGUUCACCCACAAUUCCCUGAAACUUACUUUAUAGCUAGUUUCAUUGGUGGCCUAAAGGAAGAACUAAGGGGUUCAAUACUCAUGUUUAACCCACAGACAUUGUUAAAUGCUUUUUCCCUUGCUAGAAUGCAAGAACAAACACUGAGCUUACAGCAUAGGGUGACCAAGUACCCACAAAAACAAAUUCAUACACCCUCUAACUCUAGCAGGCCCUUCAAUUCAACCUCCUUCACCUCAACACCCCCUCCUCACCCAGCUCCUACUCCACCAGUUCCAAAGUCUAAUACCACCAUUCCACUUAAAAAACUUACACCUGAACAAGUGCAAGCCAGGAAGGCCCAAGGCCUAUGCAGUUCAGAGCAAGAGGAUGAGUUAAUUAUGGACACAGAGGAAGCACCUGCUGUAGAAAGUGAUAUGGAGAUUUCUUUGCAUGCCUUGACAGGGACUGUAUCUGCUGAUACCAUUAGAAUUCCUGGUAUACUGCACAAGAAGCUCAUCUCUAUCCUCAUUGAUACAGGUAGCACUAACAGUUUCAUUGACAGUUCUUUGGCAAAGGAAAUCCAAUGUCUAGUUACCCACACUGCUAGCUUACUAGUGACUGUGGCCAAUGGGGAGAAAACAAUAAGCUCAGGUAUCUGUUCUCAACUUAAUUGGUCAAUGCAGGGACAUAAAUUCUGUGGGGACUUAAGACUAAUUCCAUUAGGAGGUUGUGACAUUGUUUUGGGGGUUGACUGGCUCAAAAAUUUAGGUGACUGUAAGAAGAUCACUCUUACUGGAGAUCCACAAAAAACUUCACUUAGCAUGAUGAGUGGUUCAGCAGUGAAGAAAUUCCUUCAAAAACACUCACAUGGGUUGGUAGGCCAAUUAUUUUUCAUCUCUUCUCAACCUCCUCCCUCACCACCACCCCAAAUUUCUUCCUUGUUAACUCAAUACAAGGAUGUCAUUGAUGUGCCAACAAAACUUCCUUCUACAAGGGCCCUAUACCAUAAAAUACCAUUGAAACCUAACUCAGAACCAGUUAACCUCAGGCCUUACAGGUCCCCCUAUUUGCAGAAGGCAGUGGUAGAAAGCUUAGUCAAGGAAAUGUUGCAGACUGGUAUAAUUCAACCAAGUAACAGCCUUUUUGCCUCUCCUAUUCUCCUUGUCAAGAAGAAAGACAACUCUUGGAGGUUCUGUGUAGACUAUAGGAAACUCAACAGUCUCACCAUCAAGGAUAAAUUUCCCAUUCUUGUCAUUGAUGAGCUCCUAGAUGAACUGCAUGGAUCCAAAUUUUUUACCAAGAUUGAUCUUAAGUCAGGAUACCAUCAAAUUAGAGUCUCCCCUGCUGAUAUACACAAGACUGCCUUCAGGACUCACCAUGGGCAUUUUGAAUUCAAGGUUAUGCCAUUUGGCCUCACUAAUGCUCCUGCUACAUUUCAAGCUCUCAUGAAUCACAUUUUUCAAGAUCACCUCAGAUCAUUUAUAUUUGUGUUUUUUGAUGAUAUAUUGGUUUACAGUCCAACCAUGGAGUCCCACUUAAUUCACCUCCAAACCACAUUGGACAUUCUCAGGGCCAACCAGUUAACUGCCAACAUUUCUAAAUGCUCAUUUGGGCAUCCUGAGAUUGAAUACUUAGGCCACAUCAUUACAGGCAAUGGAUUUAUGGCUGACCCAGACAAAAUCUCAGCCAUGGUGGACUGGCCUAUUCCCACCAACAUUACAGGACUGAGAGGGUUUUUAGGUCUUACUGGAUACUAUAGGAAGUUUGUGAAGAAUUAUGGUAUCAUCAGCAGACCCUUAACUGCUUUAUUGAGGAAGAACUCAUUUCAUUGGUCUCCUGCUACCAAGACUGCUUUUAAUGCUCUCAAAUUGGCAAUGACCACUAAACCUGUACUUGCAUUACCUGAUUUCAACAAACAGUUUACCUUGGAAACUGAUGCUUGUGACUCAGGGAUUGGAGUUGUACUAAUGCAAGAUCAGAGAGCCAUUUCCUUUUACAGCAAACCCCUUGGCCCAAGAGCUGCAACUUUAUCUACUUAUGAAAAAGAGCUCUUGGCAAUUGUGCAGGCUGUUACAAGAUGGAAACAAUAUCUUCAGGGCUCCCAAUUUAUCAUCAAAACAGAUCACCAGAGUAUACAAUAUUUUUUGGAGCAGAAAAUUUUCACCAUGCUACAACAAAAAUGGCUCAUUAAGUUACUAGGCUUUGACUAUGUGAUCCACUACAAAAGGGUUCUGAAAACAGGGUGGUGA